AUGACUCAGAAUACAACAUUUCAUCAUCAAAGAGAAGACUUAGAGCAUUUGAUGGAUGUUCCAGGAAUUGAUGAAGUCGAAUUACAAAGAAAAAAAUUUUUGAUCAACUCGCCUUUGGAAGGAAUCAAGAUGCUUCCUUUGAAUUUGGCAAUAUUAGUAAAAGCUAGUGAAUGGGAAAAGUGUCUGGAGCGAAUCAAUGUCUUAUGCUCAACAAAAUGGAAUAAAAAGCAUAAAUAUUCUGGAAAAGAUACAAAGACAUGCUCUUAUACAGCUGCCUUAAAAAUCAUACAGCAUCUCGACAACCCCAAUGUUGUUACAUUUUGCCAAACAAGAGCACAAGUAAACCAUGUUCCUGGAGACUGGGACGAAGUCAGAACUCUUUCUUUGCCUUCUGAAGCCAUAAAGAUUAUUGAAGAUCAGUUGAAAAGUGGCAGCAGCUAUAGAAGUACAAGAAUUUCAGUUCUUAGACAGAUUGAUAGUUGGGGAGUUGGCAUCAGAAAGCCUAAUUAUGAAGAAAUUUACAACAGAAUGAGAAAGAUGACUACUUUGUUAUAUAUGUUUGCUUCUGAUGAAAAUGCAUCUAUUUCCAUCUGGUUAAAUGUAAAGCUAGCAGAACAAAACUAUUGCAUUUUUGAAAUCAAUCUUUCUGUUUAUAAUGACGGUAAAAAACAAUUUGCCUUUGGAUUUCAAUCACCAAUACAAGUUUCAAUCAUGAGAAUUUCUCAAUCUUUUUGUCUCAAUGCCACCCAUUCUAUUUCGUCCAGAAGCGACGAAGUAUUAUAUACUUUGGUCACUCACUAUCCUCAAACAGAAAAGGGAUUCCCUGUUGCAUACAUGCACAACCUUGACAGCAAGAUUAAGCUUAAUGCCUCUUAUAUAUCAGAACAACUUGAGAAUUAUAAGACUGCACUGAAGAACUACCUGAGACACAUUCUCAUCGAGUCCAACGAAGAUGUGUUCCUAAGAGCAAUUGAAGAUUUUAAACUAAUGGUUCAGGAUCAACCUCAGUUUUUGAAAUAUUUUGAGAAGAAAUGGACCAAGAACAAAGAAUUGUUGCCAAGAUGGGGGCGCCCGUACAUUAGCCAACAACAUCAGAGAUAUGUGACAAACAACUAUAGGUUUGAGCGUAUUUACUUCAACAAUGGUAAGAUGGGUCCUGUUGAUAAUGAGUUAGCAAGAAAUUUUUUUGUUGCUUCAAAAAUCCAAAAUGACAUGCUCCCUUCCAUGAUUCUCAACCCUUUGGGUGAGACUGGUAACAGCAUGGAUGAUUAUAAUGGUGAGUGGCAAAUAAGAUCUUUUGUAACAGAAGAUAAGUGGUAUACCGUCAAUAUAUCAAAUGACUUGAUACAAAGCUGCACUUGCCUGAACUUUCUGACCCGCCAGAUCCCAUGCAAGCAUUCACAUUUGUUGAAGCAUUACUGUGGGGCAAAAUUCAGUUUCAUCGAGCAACGAGAGAUAGCAGGAGUGAUAUUGAACCAACAAGGCACUGUAAAUGCAAACGAGAACGAAGUUGAGGAAGAAGUAGAGGAGGAAUUAGAGAGUGAAGGUACUGCUGAAGAUAGAGAUGUAUAUGUCUUUGACGAAAUUACAGCCUAUUCUGCAACGAUGCAUCACGGCUUUGAAGAUCUUCAAACUUUGAAGAUAAUUCCUGGCUUAGAUCAAACAAAGGCAGAUCUUAUAAAAAGAGCACUCGCAGAUGCUGUGAGGUUGAUGGAUGAAUAUAGAAGUGAGAACCCUUCAUAUUUUAGAAACUUGAAUACUCAGAGAUAA